AUGAUCGUGGCGCGGGUGGCUGACCGUCAUAGCCUCAUAGGUAACGUGACGCGGGAGGGGGACACGCGCGAGUUGAGACGAGGGGGGAGAGGACGGGUCGUCGCGAGGCCGCCCUUGCUCGAAGGUGACACGACAAUUAACGCCGCGCGGUCAUUCCACCGCGCGCUGGCGCGAUGUCAACGAUUCCGAUCAUCCUGCAGCGAUAGGACGCAUGGACGACCGCGUCGCGGACCGUCCGCGCCCCAAGGUUGCCGCGUGACUCGCGAUGUUAUUACCUACCUGUAUUACAUUACAUACUGUUUCUGCACGAAAAUGUUUAUAUUCACUACGUUAUCAAAGAAAAACUUUUGA